CUUUUGCUACUGGGUCACAUGAUGGGGAUGUCAAAGAGUUGCUUGAUUGUAGGGGCAGCUUCCUAUAUACUGCAGUGGGGAACGCUGGAGCAUUGACCGGUGGAGAGGAGGCGCUGCCUGCAAAGGUGUCAGGCUCAGAAAGAAAAUAUACUCAUACGCUUUGAACACACUGUCCAUGAUCAGAAUGGUUGAUUUCCUAGCAGAAAAUAAUCACUGUGGGCAGGCAAUACUGCGGAUCGUCUCUCGUGGAAAUGCAAUUAUUGCCGAACUUUUGAGACUUUCAGAAUUUGUACCUGCUGUAUUCAGGCUAAAAGACAAAGCCGAUCAACAGAAGUAUGGAGAAAUUAUAUUUGAUUUUAGUUAUUUCAAGGGACCAGAGACUUGUGAGGGGAGAUUAGAAGCUAAACCAGAGCUUCAGGAUCUGGAUGAAGAAUUCCGUGAAAACAAUAUUGAAAUACUGACCAGAUUCUAUUUGGCUUUUGAAAGUGUGCACAAGUAUAUUGUUGAUUUAAACAGGUAUCUGGAAGAUCUUAAUGAAGGAAUUUAUAUUCAACAAACAUUAGAAACUGUGCUUCUUAAUGAAGAUGGGAAACAGCUUUUGUGUGAAGCUUUGUACCUGUACGGUGUCAUGUUGCUGGUCAUAGAUGAAAAGAUUGAAGGGGAGGUGCGCGAGAGAAUGCUGGUGUCAUAUUACCGCUACAGUGCAGCUAGAUCUUCUGCCGACUCCAACAUGGAUGAUAUCUGCAAGCUGUUGCGGAGCACUGGAUAUUCAAGCCAUCCCGGGGCCAAAAGACCUCCCAACUACCCUGAGAGUUAUUUCUGCCGAGUACCAAUCAAUGAAGCUUUCAUCAGUAUGGUGAUUGGGAGACUGCGGUCAGAUGACAUCUAUAACCAGGUAUCUGCAUAUCCUUUACCGGAGCACCGCAGCACUGCCCUAGCCACGCAAGCUGCCAUGCUGUACGUUAUCUUAUACUUCCAUCCUACAACGCUCCACACCCACCAGGCGAAGAUGAGAGAAAUAGUGGAUAAAUAUUUUCCUGAUAACUGGGUUAUCAGCAUUUACAUGGGAAUAACUGUCAAUCUGAUGGAAGCAUGGGACCCGUAUAAAGCUGCCAAGACUGCACUAAACUACACGCUAGAUCUUCCAAACAUUAAGGAGCAGGCAAGUAGGUAUGCAGCCAUGACUGAGCGCCUGCACCCGCAAGUUCAGCAGUUCCUUAAGGAGGGCUUCCUCAGCGAGGAGUUUGUGCUAGAUAAUAUCCCAAAGUUGCUGAACUGUCUGCGAGACUGCAACGUCAGCAUCCGAUGGCUAAUGCUCCAUACCGCAGAUUCUGCUUAUGACCCAAACAACAAACGACUUCGCCAGGUGAAAGAGCAGAUUCUCACGGACUCUAAGUACAACUCGAAGAUCUUGUUCCAGCUACUACUAGACACAGCACAGUUUGAGUUCAUUCUUAAGGAGAUGUUCAAGCAGAUGUUGUCUGAAAAGCAAACAAAGUGGGAGAACUAUAAGAAGGAGGGGUCGGAACGGAUGACGGAACUUGCUGAUGUCUUCUCGGGGGUUAAACCUCUCACCAGGGUUGAGAAAAAUGAAAACCUGCAAGCCUGGUUCAGGGAGAUCUCCAAACAAAUCGAGUCCUUAAAUUAUGACGAUUCUACUGCAGCAGGAAGAAAAACUGUCCAGCUCAUUCAGGCUCUUGAAGAGGUUCAGGAGUUUCAUCAGCUGGAAAACAACCUUCAGGUUUGUCAGUUUCUUGCUGACACUCGCAGGUUUCUUCAUCAGAUGAUUCGGACCAUAAACAUCAAAGAGGAAGUUCUGAUCACCAUGCAGAUUGUGGGUGACCUGUCGUAUGCUUGGCAGCUGAUUGACAGUUUUACAUCUAUUAUGCAGGAGAGUAUAAGAGCCAGUCCCUUCAUGGUAACUAAGCUGAGAGCUACGUUCUUAAAGCUGGCAUCUGCCCUUGACUUGCCCUUGCUACGUAUCAAUCAAGCAAACAGCCCUGACUUACUCAGUGUAUCGCAGUAUUACUCAGGAGAGUUGGUUUCUUAUGUCAGGAAGGUUCUGCAGAUUAUCCCAGAGAGCAUGUUUACUUCCUUAGCUAAGAUUAUCAAGCUGCAGACACACAACAUUAUGGAAGUACCAACUCGCCUGGACAAAGAUAAACUGAGGGAUUAUGCGCAACUGGUAGCUAGAUAUGAGGUGGCCAAGCUGACGCACGCCAUUUCAAUUUUUACUGAAGGAAUUUUGAUGAUGAAGACCACACUAGUUGGCAUAAUCAAGGUAGAUCCAAAACAGUUAUUGGAAGAUGGUAUAAGGAAGGAGCUUGUUAAGAGAGUUGCUCUGGCACUUCACAAGGGACUUAUCUUCAACCCAAGAGCAAGGCCUAGUGAAUUGCUGCCAAAGUUAAAGGAAAUGGCAGCUACAAUGGAUGGAUUCCACCGCUCAUUUGAGUACAUUCAGGAUUAUGUUAGUAUCUAUGGAUUGAAGAUAUGGCAGGAGGAGGUGUCUCGUAUUGUCAACUAUAACGUGGAGCAGGAGUGCAACAACUUCCUUAGAACCAAGGUAAAAAUUGUACUAGUGACGUGUUAUGUGGACCAAAUGAACACGUGGUACGACAUGAGAACUCACCAGGAGGUCACCAAUAGCCACCUGUUCUCUGAGAUCCAGGAUUCACUUGGGACUUUUGGCUUGAACGGUCUGGACAGGUUACUCUGCUUCAUGAUUGUAAAGGAACUGCAGAACUUCCUCAGGUUAUAUCAAAGACUAUUUUUGAAAGAUAAAACUGCUCUGGAGACAUUAAGAGCUUUACAGAAAGUUGUUAGUCCUCUGAAAGGAAUUGUGGCCAAUUCUGCAAAAAUCUAUUCAUCUGCUGUUGCAAAAACCCAGAGGAUCUGGACAUUGUAUCUUGAUGCAAUAAUGAAGGUUGGACAGAUGCAGAUUUUAAGGCAACAGAUUGCCAAUGAGCUGAAUUAUUCUUGUAAAUUUGACUCUAAGCAUUUGGCAACAGCUUUGGAGAACUUCAAUGGAGCCAUUCUAGCAGAUAUAGAAGCCCACUAUCAAGACCCUUCUCUACCCUGCCCCAAAGAAGACAACACCCUUCUGUAUGAGAUCACUGCAUACCUAGAGGCAGCAGGAACACACAAUCCGUUAAACAAGAUCUAUGUCACUACCAAACAGCUGGCAUUUUUCCCACUUAUGAACGUCCUGUUCCUGAUUGCACAGUUGCCAAAACUACAGUAUAACAAGAACCUAGGAAUGACGUGCAGAAAACCCGCAGACGCUGUUGACUGGUCUCCUUUAGUGCUUGGUCUGCUUACACUCCUGAAGCAAUUUCAUUCCCGCUACACAGACCAGUUCCUUGCCCUCAUAGGGCAAUUUAUUCGCUCAACAAUGGAGCAGAGCACAAGCCAGAAGAUUCCAGAAAUGCCGGCAGAUGUUAUCUGUGCCCUCAUGUUCCUUGAAGAUUAUAUUCAUUUUGCUAAUCUACCUAGAAGGGUUGUUGAAGCACAUGUGCCUAAUUUUAUUUUUGAUGAAUUCAGGACAAUACUGUGAUUCAUCAACUAGAAUGGUGAAAAAUAGGACCAUAUGAAGAGAGCAUCAAAGGCUGGAAAAUAAUGCAGCACAGAAGCAAGGGUGGACUAAUAUAUAGUAAUUUAAAGAGCCAGCCUGAAUAUUUGUUAGUGCCCGAGAGGAAGUGAAUUAAUUAGACAUUAUUAUCUUGCAGUGACAUAUCACAUCUAAUGUGCAUUUUGUAUAUUAUGUAGGUACACCUUUAGGUUACUAGCUGAUGUAUCAUGUACCCAUCCUAAGCAAAACAUUUUUAUAUUGCCUUUAUACAGCUAUGGGUGAGAGGUGCGUUCAAAUGGUCAACAUCUGUAAAUGCAAAUAAGUAAUUGUAUUGGUACAUUUUCUAUACUAAUAAAAACUGUGUAAGGAA